AGCCUGCUGCUUAAAAUGAUUUCCUCUGUAGGUUAUUCACUAAACAGGAUGCAUCAGUUUGAGACAUGUUUUGGUACUUGAACAAUCCCUUCUCCAUUCUCUGAGAUGAACUGAAUAUUUUCUCCACAAAGCAAGUACGGAGUCAUUAAUGAUACUGACGGGAUGAUGCGCAUACUGAUUCUGAUGUGCUGUUUUGUCGCUGGCGGAACCAAUCGAGUGAUCACGACCUGCACAGCUGAGGCUUGCCUUACGUUGCAUUUGGAGGAGAAACAUUUUGAAAAAGCUUUAGAGGACUGUGUCAACACCGGCGGCAAUUUGGUUACUAUGAGAAAUGAAAAUGAACUUCAGAGCAUCAAAUCGGUUCUUUCAGCAGCAGAAGAACACAACAUCCGUAACUCCAAAGUUUGGAUCGGACUUGAGUUGCUGAAAAGUAACUGCACUGAUUUCACUAAGGAGUUACGCGGCUUCAGAUGGACGUCAGAGCCGACAGAUUCCAAAUAUUCCAAUUGGAAUAAGAAACCUUUGAGCACGUGCACGGAAAAAAGGUGCGUGUCGAUUUCACUGGAAGAUGGUCUCGGGUGGUCAGACGGCUCAUGUAGAGAACGCGCAUUUUAUAUAUGUAAAUUUCGAUUCAAGGGCAUGUGCAAACCGAUAGUGUUAGAAAAAACAAGCUCUGUCACAUAUAACGUUCCGUUCUUAGAUGAACCACUAAAUCCAAAUGAAAGGUUGGCGAUGUUACCACAUGGGACCUGGGCUGAAAUACAGUGCGGCAGGUCUGAGAAUGCAGAAUAUUUUGCACCAGUUUGUAACAACAUAAACGGUAAUUUUGGCUGGACAAAUUCAGAACGUGUUUGCGCACGAAAUAGAAGUUGCAAACGUAAAAACGGAGGCUGUGAUCAUUUUUGUUUCGACACUCCAGGAGAAGGUGUUCGUUGUAAAUGUCGUGAACAUUACUACCUGAUGGAUGAUAACGUGAGUUGUGCUCUCAAAAAUAACUGCGAGAGUUCACCUUGCGAAUCAAAGUGUAUACCGACUGCUACUGGGUUUUCAUGCACCUGCGCGGAGGGAUUUCAUCUGGCUGAAGACAAGGUCAGUUGCGUUGAUAUCAAUGAAUGUCAGCAGCAUACCUGCGGUGAACACAGGUGUCAAAACACGCCGGGAAGCUAUUUCUGUGAGUGUAAACCCGGUUUCAGACUUGUUGCUGGCAAAUGUGAAGACGUGGACGAAUGCACCGAACCCAGAUGUCAACAGGGCUGUCUCAAUUCACAAGGUUCAUUCUCUUGUUACUGCCACGCAGGUUACAGUUCAUCAUUAAACGAUAGCAGGACAUGUGUGGACAUCGAUGAAUGUAUCCAGAGACCCUGUGAAGACAUCUGCCUCAAUACCUUGGGUAGUUUCAAAUGUUCCUGCAGGGAGAACUUCAUUUUGGCUAGAAAUGGCAUCAGCUGCGUGCCGGUCCCCACAGAGAAACCACAAAGCACUCAAUCUCCAGAUAACAGAGAAGCGUUCAUCACUAAAUUGGGUCAUUUACCUGUCACUUUUGGACCGACAACAAUCAAGACCCCUGCUCUUAACAAUACAAACAGUAAAACGGACUCUAGUAAGCGCAAAGAAAGUUUCCUCGAAAGUUAUUGGAUUUUAGUGUGUGUCUUGGGUUCAGUUAUUCCGUUAAUUGCGAUCAUUGUGCUUAUGUCAGUCUUUGUCACCUACCGAUUGAAAAGUUCAAGAAAAGCCGCUUUGAAAAAUGCCACUGCUGACAACUACUGCUGGGUUUCAUCUGGAUUGGACAAAGUGCAGAAGAAGAGCAGCAUUCAGCUGAAUGAUUAAAUGAAGGCGACUUUCUGUCAACAUAAAAAGUUGUGACACAGGAGUAACUAGAAAGUUUUUAUUCAAGGUUCAUUUAUAUAAAUGCCUGUUUUCCUUGUAUGUUUUUAGAAUUCUGUCACUCAAAUUUUAGUUAUUUCCCCUAAAUGUUGGACAGAUGUGUGAACAUACAGUGCUAAAACCACACCCGUUGACGAAUGGUUGAACUGCGUUUUUAUGCUUUUAGGGACAAGAUGUACAGGUUUUUUUUAUGUUGUCAUUUUUUUUCUUUUACAUAUUUGCUGUGUAAUUAAUUGUUUUGUUUUAUAAUUACUUUGCUGAAAAACCUAUAAUAGAACAUUGUACUAGGCCCAUUGUGAUAUUUGAGACAUGUUGUCAAAAAAGGACAGUGUUUGUACAGUGAGCUUUGUAUUUCUUUCUGGCAAUGAAACAAUGAUGUAGUUUUACAGUCUACAGUCAAUUAAAGAAAUAACUUUAAAGAAUGAACCUAUUCUGAGAUAUAUGCCCAUUCAUUGGAGUAAAAGUGUACAGCCCACUCUUCCCUUUAAAUGAACUAUACAAGUUUUUUUUUUUUUUUUUUUUUUUUUUUUU